ACAUUUUCUACUUGUAAAUAAUAAAUUAUUUUAUGGAAGUAGUGCUGUUAUUGAAAUGUGACUUAACCUCAAAAAAGUAAGAUGAAUAGAUUGUACCUUCCAAUAAUUAAAAGGGCGUUUUCUACACAUGCCCCCAAAAAAAAGGUCUGUGUAGUGGGUGCUGGACCUGCCGGCUUCUACGCAGCCCAACAUCUAACGAAGUGCACCACCCCAUUAGAAAUCGAUAUCUACGAGCGCUUACCAGUACCCUUCGGCUUGGUAAGGUUUGGGGUUGCACCAGACCAUCCAGAAGUGAAAAAUGUAAUAAAUACAUUUAGCAAAACUGCCGAGAACCCUAAUGUAAGGUUUGUCGGCAAUGUAAGUUUAGGCUCAGAUGUUUCGCUGGAUCAACUGGAAGAAGCAUACAAUUGCGUCUUAUUGGCAUAUGGAGCGGAAGAAAAUCGCAAAUUGGAUAUUCCGGGCGAAAAUUUACCCAACGUAAUUCCGGCCCGCAGAAUCGUAGGCUGGUACAAUGGAAUUUUUGCCGACGCCACUCUUCCCAUAGACUUAAGUUGUACAAAUGUCGCAAUCAUCGGUCAGGGAAACGUCGCCAUCGAUGUCGCUCGAAUGUUACUGUCACCAGUCGACCUACUGAAGUUUACAGACAUCACACAGCACGCCUUAGACGCACUGUCCGAGUCUAAAGUAAAAGAAGUGCAUUUAAUCGGACGGAGAGGUCCACUACAAGCGGCCUUCACAAUUAAGGAGUUGCGCGAAAUGCUCAAAUUGAAGAAUUGCAGCACGGUUUGGUGCGACAGGGACUUCGACGGAAUCUCUGAGCUUGUUCCAAAUUUGGCUCGUCCUCGAAAAAGGAUUACGGAACUAAUGCUCAAAUCUUUAACUGACGAUAUUAAGCACGAGAAAGUAUUUAGGCCUGUGUUUUUUAAAUCGCCAAUUGAGAUUGCGGGUGGGAGUCGUGUCGAGCGAAUUAAGCUAGGUAUCAAUGAACUUUGCGGCGAUCAACUUCCGAUAUUAACAAACCGAAAUGAAACACUAAACUGUGAUUUAGUUGUAACCAGUAUCGGUUAUAAAUCGAUUCAGGUAGAUCCGAGCGUUCCGUUUGAUUUAAAACGUGGUAAAGCGAUAAGUAACGGGGGUAAAAUUAGAAAUGGACUUUACGCAACAGGGUGGCUCGCGACUGGACCGACAGGGGUGAUUUUGACGACCAUGAAUAAUGCUUUUGGUACAGCUGAAAUGAUAUGCCGCGAUCUAGAGAGUGGUGACCAUUCUGUUAAGGAAGGUUUUGAGGCGGUAUCAAAGCAUUUAAAUAAAGAAAACAAGAGAUAUGUGACGUGGAAUGGUUGGAAAAAGAUUGACGCGUUUGAGCAAGAGCAAGGUAGGAAGGUGGGGAAGCCUAGAGAAAAAGUGUUGAGUUUGGAAAAAAUGCUCGAAAUCGCGUUAUAAAUUUAAUCUUAAUUGAUCGAAUGAUCUCUUUUUCUGGGACAAUACAUCUUCCAUUAUUUUAAUUGACGUAUAAAAAGAUGAUUGUUCAACUGUAAGUGUCUGUAUAAAACAAUUUUUACAUUAAAUAUUUUGUUUAUAA